AUAAAACCUGAGCAACCCAAACAGGGAACUAUCCAAAAUCCCAAACUUGGUAGCUUGGAAAAAGGGCAAAUUCUACAAAAAGUUAGUAAAGUUUUAAUCUUUUGAUAAUUUUAGAUCUGGGUUAAUCUUAGAUUAGUGAGUUAAUCAAUAAAAAUGGAGCUUGAAUUAGGUCUUACUCUCUCAAAUGUUCCCCCAAAAAUCCCAAUUCUGGAGGAAUUGGAUUUAAUUAGCUAUGUUAAUUGCAAAGGUAAGCAAGUUUAUGAAGAAGAUUAUAAUAAUUCUUCUAGUCAAAGUAGUGUUAAUGGUGAUGAUUAUGAUUAUGGUGAAGAAGAUAAAAAUGAAGAAAUUAGUGAUGGGUUUUUCAAUUUGAUGAAGAACAAGAAAAGAGGGUUUGAUGAAGUUAAGGAAAUGGAAAGUUUUGUUGUUUCAAUGCCUAAAACUUUAUCUCUUUUGCUUUGGGAUAAGCACCCUAAUGAGGAGGAUGAUCAUCAUCAACCACCUAAAAGGCUCUGCAACUCCUCUUCUUUCACCAUUAACAAAAAUGAAGGUGAUGGCAUUGUGGGGUGGCCACCGAUUAAGGCUUAUAGAAAGAAGCUUAAUGAUGCUUACCACCACCACCACCAGCAGCAACAACAACAACAGUGCCGCCGUGGAGGGAAUUUUCCGGCAAUGGAGAACAGUGGAAGAGGCGGUGGCGGCUCACGGUCAAAGUUUAUAAAAGUACAAAUGGAAGGGUUUUUCAUUAUAAGGAAGAUUGAUUUAAAGCUUUACCACUCUUAUGAAGCUCUUGUUGGUAGCUUGCUCACUAUGUUUGGCAAAGGGGAUGAUAGUAUGGAUGAUUACAAGCUUACUUAUCAAGAUGGGGAUGGUGAUUGGCUACUUGCCAGAGAUGUGCCAUGGAGGACAUUCAUCGAAUCUGUCCAACGACUCAGGAUAAGGAGAAAGGAUCAUUGAUCGAAUCGAAGUAGAAGAACAUCAUCAUGUAUAUGGUGAAGAAAGCAAUUAGUAGUUUACUACUUUACUUAAUGAAGCAAUUGGUUUGGAGAGAUUUUGAACUAUAGAAUGAGUUCGUUAUCUUACUCCAAAUUAUUGUAUUUGUAAUAUAUUCGUAAUUAAAUAGUUUCGUGUUAUCUUUUGUCUA